AUAUAAACCAACAAUAUAGUGAGAAAAUAGUGUUCGCUUAGUAUAGAUCCAGCUAUAGUGCCUAAUUUGUAGAAAAUGAGUGGAACCAACAGUAUGGGUAUGCCGGAAGAUGUGUCGAAACAGUGGGAGAUUCUUCUGCUUCUCUUGUCUUCUGAGGAAAAGAAGAUAGACAGAACGAGUGACUGUGAAGUUGACACGAUGAACUACUUCUUGAAGAACGAAGGAGUGAGAAAAAUCCUCCUCCACUGGCUAAGCCAAAUGCGCUCAAGCUAUGCCCGUAAAACCAGCGAGUCUGACACUGCCCUCAAGUGUGACGAGGUGUCCCUGCUGUGGCGACAGCGAGGCAACGAGAAGUUCCGCGCCAGCCUGCUUCGGGACAGCUACGAAUGCUACAACAAGAGUGUGCUGUACGCGGCGCGGGACGGGGAGAUGCUUCCUCUCGCUCUGGCCAACAGGUCCGCGGCGCUGCUCCGGAUGAAGAGGUUCAAGGAAUGCCUCUCCGACAUAUCGCUAGCCCUGUCCCAGGGGUACCCUCGCGAGCAACGGCACAAACUGCUCCUCAGACGCGCGGACUGCCACGCGGAGCUCCGGUCCCGGACCGAAGCCCUAGCGGCGUUAGAGGAAGCGAGGGCACAUGCGGCGGAGCUCCGGUUGUCGCCUGCUAGUACUGCGGAGUUCGAGCGUCUAGUGAAAAUAAUGGAAAACAAGAUGGCCGCCCAAGAGGAAGCGGAAGUGAAGAAAGAGGAGCCUUUACCCGACCUUUAUAUGGGAGAAAACCCCAACUUUGUGUCCGCAUCUAAUGCUAUAGAGUUAAGACAAAACGAAACCGUAGGCCGGCACGUCGUGACGACAGCGCCAACACGUCGAGGCGAUGCGUUAUUCUCUGAAGAGCCUUACGCGUGGGUGGCGCUGCCUUCGCCAGAGCCAGUCUGCGAGGGCUGCGGCGGUGCGGGCAGUAACCCUAUACCCUGCGUCACAUGUUCCCGUUCCAUAUACUGCUCCGUAGACUGUAGGGUCUCAGCGACCCACCAUCGCUGGGAGUGUCCCGGGGCCACGUUCAAUCUCUAUCCCACUAUUGGCAUCGCCCACUUGGCCUUAAGGGUUCUCCUAGUUGGCGCGGAAGACGGAUUCCCUCCACUUUCCUCUACAGAAAACCCUCGGACAGCUAUGGAGCUAUUUCAGGGCUACGCGCGUGUGCAAACCCCGCUGUACGCGCGAACAACGCACCGCUUCCACAGAAUGUUUGGGCUGCUCAACAACUUCGACAAAAUGAACAACGACUACAUACAGUAUGCACUGACUGCCACGAUGCUGACGUUGUACUUAGAAAACUACACGAAAUUCUUCACAUACCUGCCUUCUAGGGUGCCUUACCCGUUGUCCCAAGGGCAACUGCGGUUGUUCGCAGCAGCCUUACUCUUAAGGGCCAUGGGCCAACUGGUGUGCAACGGCCAUGCGACUCUAAGCCUGGCCACUAUGGACCAUGAGGACGGCCGGACAGUGAGUGAGCGAGAGGUGCGACGCGCGACGGCUAUAUACCCAUCGGCGGCCAUGAUGAACCAUUCUUGCGACCCUAACAUUAUCAACACAUUCUAUCGCAAUCGGCUUAUCGUGGUGUGCGCGCGAGAACUACCAGCGAACACAGAGGUAUUCAACUGCUACGGGCCCGCGCGCUCGCGCGAGCCUGCCGCGCACCGCCGCGCGUCUUUACGCGCCCAAUACAUGUUCACUUGCAACUGUGACGCUUGCACUGACCCGCAGGACGGAGUGCUCCUCUUCUCAGCGUACCUGUGUCAGUCGUGCAAGGGCCCCGUGGUCUGCAGCGGCGGCGCCAAGCGCGCGCAGUGCCAGCAAUGCCACGCGCCCUUCCAGCUCCAAGGCGCGCUCGACACCUUGGAGAAAGCCAACGAACUGUUAUUACAAGCGGAACGCGCGCCAUCAGUAGAAGCCCGUAUCGAGCACGCCCACGCCGCCUAUAAGCUCAGACAGCAAGUUUUACACCGACACCACGCUUCUCUGCGCGCCGCCGCCGACAAACUAGCCAGGCAUUACGCCGACGCCGGUGAAUUCACCAAGAGCGUGGAGUUGAUAAAGCAGAAUAUACAAAGCCACGAAUAUCAAUACGGCUCGUUUAGCGUCGAGGUGGCCCACGAGCUAAGGAAACUGUCAGACGUGAUGCUGGAGAGGGUCUUCAACUCGCAACAGAGCCCUGAUUAUCGGGACUGGCUCCUAGAAACCCACAAGAUCCUAACCAAGGCCGUCCAGCUGACGUCCCUGAACUACGGGUGCUGGGAGCCGCUGGUGUCCCGCCUCAAGGAGCACGAGGCGCUGGCCGCAGCCCUGCUGGCCGAGGCGCGCGCCGCCUCCCGCUCCGCGCACACAGACCUGCACUACCACCUUAAGAUAUAGCCUGCCCACAGACAACGGUCGCUUUGAAAUCUCUAAAUUACCAGUGCAACCCCAAAAU